AUGGCAACUUUUAGUGGUUUAGAAAUUGGUUUGGGGUUUGUAUGUGGGUGUGUUCUUUUGGGUUGUGCUGCAGAGGUUUAUUAUCUUUUAUGGUGGAAGAACAGAAGAAUUGAUAUUGAAACUGAAAACAAAAAGUCAUCUUUAUCUUCUUGUUCUUCCAAUUAUACCCCUACUCAUCUUUCUUGUUGGAAAAUACCAAAUUCUUCAAAACCCACAAAAACCCAUGAAAAUUAUCAAGAUUUAGAGAUGGGUAUUGUGCAAGAUCAGGUUUUUAAUGAUUCUGAAGAAGAAAGUUUGGAUCUUGAACUCAUGAGGUUGCAUAAUCUCCAUGGCCCACCAAGGUUCUUGACCACUAUUAAUGAAGAAACAAAAGAGGAUUUGGAGUCAGAAAGGAGUAGAAAAGGUUCAAGAACAAGAAGUUUGAGUGAUCUUCUUGUGCAGUUUGAUACCCCUCAAGCUUCACCACCAAUAAAGGGGUCACAAUUUCAAGAUUUUGAAAGUUUUCAGUUUAAUGGAUUGAACAUAAAUCCUUUGUUUGAAAGUGAUGUAAGAAGUUUGAAAUCUUCACCACCUCCAACAUUUAAGUUCUUGAGAGAUGCAGAGGAGAAGCUUUUGAGGAGAUUGAAGGAAUUAGAGGGUGCAAAAGUUGAGAUGACUCAACAAAAUCAUCAAACUGUUUCAAAGGUGAUUCCAUUGGCUUCUUCACCAUCAAAAUAG